AUGGUGGUCAACGAGAGGCCUACGAAGAGGAUGAAGAGAAGAGUAACCGCCGAUCUCCACGACUUUCUCACUUUCCCUUCCGCCGCCGGCGCUUCCUUCGACUCACCCUUUCGCAACUGUGUCCAGCGGUUCCUGGCAGACCAUGGUCGCAUAACGUUUCCUCCUUCACUCUUCCCGGCGCUGAUGACGUGGCAGAUCUUGUUCCGGGUUGGUGACCUUGUCGAAGGCCCUGAUCUCUCGCCUGCGGUGGUCACGCUUGACAUUGUGGAGGAAGAUGUCACGCGCUCUCGAAGUUCAGUGUACUGUGACCAGUGUCGAGUCGUUGGGUGGAGCGGUCACCCGGUCUGUCGCAAGCGGUAUCAUUUCAUUAUCCGGGCUGCUAGUAAAUCCAUUGAGUCUUACCAAAGACCUUGUUCCAGAUGUGAAAAUCUUGUCCAACUAUCAGAACCAAGGUGUAAAUCAUGUGACUUCAACAUUACUGUGGAUGAUCUUGAGGAUUGGGUGUAUCAACAAAUCGACGAUAACACCCAUCUCCUGCAUGGUGUUGUCCACUCCAAUGGUUAUGGUCACCUGCUUACUCUCAAUGGAAGAGAAGGUGGCUCAAAGCUUCUCUCUGGAUUUGAUAUUAUGGGAUUUUGGGAUAGACUGUGUUCUGCAAUUUCUGUUAGGAAGGUUAGUGUGAUGGAUUUGUCCAAGAAAUUUGGGUUGGAAUAUCGAGUGCUCCAUGCAAUCACCAAUAGCCAUUCGUGGUAUGGCAAUUGGGGUUAUGAAUUUGGAAAUGGCAGCUAUGCUCUUACACAAGAUGCCUACCAGAAAGCAGUGAAUACCCUGUCAGAUAUGCCCUUGUCCUCAUUUUCAUUCCAGGGUCGGGGACCACGAAGCCGCCUUCAGUGUGUUAUUUCUCUUUACCAGUCGUUGGCUGAAACUGAACUUCUAACAAUCAAAGACCUCUUCUCCUUUUUGUUGACAUUGGUUCAUGAAUUUCGCAAGCCGAUGACGAAAAAAAUAUCUAAACAGGAUGAAGGCUCCAACAAAUGUAAUUUAUUGUGUGCUUGGACAAGACAUGAUGUUGAGGAUGUUCAACAGGCUUUGAUUAAGGUUUUGCUUGCAUCAGCUUCCUGUAGGGAGGUCAAAUGGGUUGCUAGACGUGUUCUCAAGGGUGCAGUUUGCAGGGGUGUUUCAUCUCCGGAGCUUCUAGACUACAGUCUUAAGCAUUUGGAAGGAAAAUUAGCUGCCAACGGAAUGGUAGUUGCUACACGAUGCAAUCCAAAUACUAGUGCUAUAGAAUUCAGGCUAGAACCGUUCUGUGAUGGAUUUACGCGAAAUUCAAGCCAUCCAUCAGAAGAGCAAGUCACAUCCGAUCUGGCAUUUUUAUUUGAUUCGAUAAUUCACCCAGACAAAAUGGUGAGCUAUAGACCCAAGGUUAUGAGGAAAAGCGUGGCUGAUUCAGCAAGGAAGCUUCUUGACUGUAAGCAGUUUGUGAAAGAGUACAAGCCAGAGGUGGCCAUGGAACAACCUCCAGUCAUCAGACUGUGGUGUCAGGUUGAACUUUCUGAUCAGCCGAAAGAUGAUCCAUCCCCGCCACCAGAACUAAUCGUUUUGCCUUUGAGUGCUACUGUUGCUGACCUUAAGAGGGAGGUCACUAGUGCUUUUCAAGAGGUGUAUGCAAUGUUCAAGAGGUUUCAAGCUGAGGAAGUAAUAGGGUAUGGGUCAAUUAGUGACUCGCUCACCUUAAAAUUCUUGCUUGGAACAAGUGCGAUGGUCAAAAUUCAAGGCAAGUGUCCAGCCAAGUAUGGUCUAAGCCGCUUCCGAAUGGAACGGGGUACAGAGACAUGGAGAGUUGACUGUCCCUGUGGGGCUAAGGACGAUGAUGGAGAAAGAAUGUUAGCAUGUGAUACUUGCAGUGUUUGGCAGCAUACGAGAUGCGCGGGAAUUGAUAAUUGUGAUGCAAUACCUUCUAAGUUUGUGUGUCUUAGAUGCCUUAGCUCGUACCGUCAGGAAGCUGUAAAUUUGCCAGACUCCGAUGUUGAAGCUAACAAGUCUUACAAAUUAUCGAAUGCUUCUUCUUGCAAAGAUGAAGCAGUGGCAACGGACUGUGCAGCAGUUGCUUGUAACAUAACUGUAGAUUUUGGUGUACGAUGA